GCCUUCAAUUUUUCUCCAUUCAGAAUGAUGCUAGCCUGAGGCUUAGCAUAGAUUGCUUUUACAAUAUUGAGGUAUGUUCCUGUUAUCCCUAGUUUUUCUAGAGUUUUGAACAUAAAGGGAUGCUGUACUUUGUCGAAUGCCUUUUCCACAUCUAUCGAGAUGAUCAUAUGGUUCUUAUUUUUAAGUCUAUUGAUGUGGUGAAUAACAUUUAUUGAUUUCCGUAUAUUGAACCAGCCUUGCAUCCCAGGGAUGAAUCCUACUUGAUCAUGGUGCACAAUUUUUUUGAUAUGUUUUUGUAUCCGAUUCGCCAGAAUUUUAUUGAGGAUUUUUGCAUCUAGGUUCAUUAGAGAUAUUGGUCUGUAGUUUUCUUUCUUUGAAGUGUCUUUGUCUGGUUUAGGUAUCAGGGUGAUGUUGGCCUCGUAGAAUGAAUUUGGAAGUUCUCCCUCUUUUUCUAUUUCCUGAAGUAGCUUGAAAAGUAUUGGUAUUAGUUCCUCUUUAAAGGUUUUGUAAAACUCUGCUGUAUACCCAUCCGGUCCCGGGCUUUUCUUAGUUGGUAGUCUUCUGAUGGUUUCUUCUAUUUCCUCAAUUGAUAUUGGUCUGUUUAGGUUGUCUAUAUCCUCCUGACUCAAUCUGGGCAGAUCAUAUGGCUUAAGAAAUUUAUCUAUGCCUUCACUAUCUUCUAAUUUAUUGGAGUAUAAGGAUUCAAAAUAAUUUUUGAUUAUCUUCUGUAUUUCUGAAGUGUCUGUUGUGAUAUUGCCUUUUUCAUCCCGUAUGCUAGUAAUUUGAGUUCUCUAUCUUCUUCUCUUCUCUAGCAUGUCUAAGGGUCUGUCGAUUUUGUUUAUUUUUUCAAAGAACCAACUUUUAGUUUUGUCAAUUUUUUCAAUUGUUUCUUUUGUUUCGAUUUCAUUAAUUUCAGCUCUGAUUUUAAUUAUUUCUUGCCUUCUACUUCUUUUGCUGUUGUUUUGCUCUUCUUUUUCUAGGAUUUUGAGAUGAAGUAUGAGAUCAUUUAUUUGUUGGUUUUUUUCUUUUUUUAACGAAUGAACUCCAAGCAAUGAAUUUUCCUCUUAGAACUGCUUUCAAUGUGUCCCAUAGAUUCCGAUAUGUUGUGUCUGUAUUUUCAUUUAUCUCUAAGAAUUUUUUAAUUUCCUCCUUGAUGUCUUCUAUAACCCAUUGAUCAUUCAGUAACCUAUUGUUCAUUCUGCAAGUGAUGCAUGCUUUUUCCUUCCUUCUUUUAUCGUUGAUUUUCAGUUUCAUUCCAUUAUGAUCAGAUAAGAUGCAUGGUAUUAUCUCUACUCCUUUAUAUUGUCUAAGAGUUGCCCUGUGACAUAAUAUAUGAUCUAUUUUUGAGAAGGAUCCAUGUGCUGCUGAGAAAAAAUGUAACUGCUUGAUGUUGGGUGGUAUACUCUAUAUAUGUCAAUUAGGUCUAGGUUAUUAAUAGUGUUAUUGAGUUCUAUAGUUUCCUUAUUCAACUUUUGUUUGGAAGAUCUGUCCAGUGGCGAGAGAGGUGUGUUGAAGUCUCCCAUGAUUAUGGUAUGGUGGUCUAUUAGACUCUUGAACUUGAGAAGAGUUUGUUUGACGAACACAGCUGCACCAUUGUUUGGGGCAUAAAUAUUUAUGAUUGUUAUGUCUUGUUGGUGUAUGGUUCCAUUAAGCAGUAUGUAGUGUCCCUCUUUAUCCCUUUUGAUUAACUUUGGCUUGAAAUCUAUUUUAUUUGAUAUGAGUAUGGACACUCCUGCUUGUUUCCGAAGUCCAUAUGAGUGAUAUGAUUUUUCCCAACCUUUCUCCUUCAGCCUAUGUAUGUCUUUUCCUAUCAAAUGCGUCUCCUGUAGGCAGCAUAUUGUUGGGUCUUGUUUUGUGAUCCAUUCUACUAGCCUGUGUCUCUUAAUUGGUGAGUUUAAGCCAUUAACAUUUAGGGUUAUUAUUGAGAUAUGGGUUGUUCUUCCAGCCAUAUUUGUUUAUUUCUGUUACUAAACAUGGUUUGUUUUCCUCUUUGAUUAUUUUCCCCCCUUUAGUGUCCUACCUCCCACUGUUGGUUUUCAUUGUUAUUUUCCAUUUCCUCUUCCUGUAAUGUUUUGCCAAGGAUGUUUUGAAGAGAUGGUUUUCUAGCUGCAAAUUCUUUUAACUUUUGUUUAUCGUGGAAGGUUUUAAUUUCAUCUUCCAUCCUGAAGCUUAAUUUCGCUGGAUACACAAUUCUUGGUUAGAACCCAUUUUCUCUCAGUGUUUGAAAUAUGUUAUUCCAGGAUCUUCUAGCUUUCAGAGUCUGUGUUGAAAGAUCAACUGUUAUCCUGAUUGGCUUACCCCUAAAUGUAAUCUGCUUCCUUUCUCUUGUAGCUUUUAAAACUCUCUCCUUAUUCUGUAUGUUGGGCAUCUUCAUUAUAAUGUGUCUAGGUGUGGAUCUCUUAUAAUUUUGUACAUUCGGCGUCCUGUAGGCUUCUAGGACUUGGGAUUCUGUCUCAUUCUUCAAGUCUGGGAAGUUUUCUCGUAUUAUUUCAUUGAAUAGAUUGCUCAUUCCUUUGGUUUGGAGUUCUAUACCUUCCUGUAUCCCAAUGACUCUUAAGUUUGGUCUCUUAAUGUUAUCCCAUAUUUCUUGGAUGUUCUGCUCAUGGUUUCUUAACAGUCUUGCUGAGCUGUCUAUGUUCUUUUCAAGUUGAAAUAUUUUGUCUUCAUUGUCUGAUGUUCUAUCUUCUAAGUGUUCUACUCUGCUGGUAGUAUUCUCAAUUGAGUUUUUAAGUUGGUUUAUUCCUUCCUGCAUUUCUAGGAUUUCUGUUUGUUUGUUUUUUAUAACCUCUAUCUCCCUAUAUAGUUGAUCCUUUGCUUCCUGGAUUUGUUUGUGUAAUUCAUUGUCGAAGUGAUCUUUCAUUGUCUGAUUUUGCUGUCUAAUGUCUUCAGUGAUCUUUCAUUGUCUGAUUUUGCUGUCUAAUGUCUUCCUUGAUACUCCAGAUCAUCUGAAGCAUGUAUAUCCUGAAUUCUUUAUCUGACAUUCCAUCUGCUGCAGCUGUUACCUCUUCUAAAGUUGAGUUGACCUGCAUUGCUUCUGGUCCUUUCUUUCCUUGUCUUUUCAUACUGCUUGUGUUUCUUUCUUCUUGGUGAAACUGUUGUGUUUUUGAAAAUGUUUUCCCCCUAUAUAUUUAUAUUGCUCUUGUAUAGUUGAAAAGUCUCCCUUGCAGGGUCGGGCGCCGGUCUGCCUACCUUGCAGGCGCGGGCGGCGGCUCUGCCCUGCCCCUCCUACUACGCCCGCGGACCGCUGGGCCUGGUCUGCAGGUUGGUCGCAGGUCUGCCCACCUUGUGGGCGCGGGUGGCGGCUCUGCUCUGCCCCCUCUCCAAUUGGGGUCACGCGACCACCACGCCGGCGAGCCGCUGGGCCUGCUCCGGGCGCGGGCGGUGGCCCCGCUCCUCCCCUCUGGCUCGACGACAAAGUGAGAGAGACUCGGGUGUCUGUGACUCAGCCUCCCUACCAGGAGACCAACUGUUUCUGUCGCCGCUGUUAUUGAUGAAGUUCUCUCCUCCGCCGCUUUCUGAUGACAUCAGAUCUCUGCCAUGUUCGUAUCCUAUGCGAAUGGCAGCAUUUCGUUCCCUUUGCCGGGUGACCAAAGCAACGGGUGAGUCCUGACCGACCCUCACAGGCCCGUCUCAGUCCUGUUGCCACUGCCCACGAAGGCUCGGUUGGUAUUUACCUCCACAGUACUCAGCAGGACCCGGACCGAGAAGCAGUUUCCGCAGGCUCUUUAGCCCUGGGCCAGAGUAGUACCGGGAUCCGGAACUCAGCCGCUCCGUGCUCGGUGUAUGUUCUGAUAAGAGCAGGCUCCAAGAAGCAGUUUCCGCGGGUUAUUUAGCACUGAGCCUGAGUAAUUUGUCUGCAAGCCGCAGGCGAAUGGCAGCCUGAAAUUACCUGUUCUAUGGCUGAAUGAGCUGCGAUCAGUCGAAAACAGGGAUGGUGUCGUCAGCUCUCCAAGAUGGUGGCCGCUUGCCUCCUCUGUGGUCUGACUGGUGUGGAGAACUGAAUUGGACCGCUUCCUUCCCCCGUCUCAAACCCAGAAUUCAGCACUUAGUACGGUAAUUGCACAGCUGGCAGAAGCCCGCGGAAACUGCAGCGCUGUAUCCCUGCGUCGCUAUCUCCUCGUUUCCCAGUGUGCGCCGCAGACUCUAGCCGUGGGGCGAUUUGCUGAAUAAGCAGUGUGACCCUCCGUGCGGACAAAUCUCUCGCGUUUGAGCCCCCGUAGCCGAUCCUCGUGCAAUGGAAAUCCUUCCUCCAGGUUCCGGAGCACCCCACUAUUGCUGGAAAUUCCUAACAAGAUAACCUUUAGCCGUCCUGACUCGUCAUUCUCCCACACUGUGACGCGGCACACGGGGGCAAUGCACUCCCCUCGCCGCCAUCUUCCUCCCUAAUAAUAUUGUUAGUUUGCAGUAUUGAUACCAAUGUAUUGUUAGUUUGCAGUUCCCUGACUGCCAAUAAAUGUGAGUGAUUUUGCUCUUCUUUGAAUUACUUCUUCAUAUUCUUUGUACAAUUUUUUGCUAUUCACAUUUAAAAAAAUUCUUUUGUUGUAAUUGGACACAAUACCUUUAUUUUUGUUUAUUUAUUUUUAUGUGGUACUGAGGAUCGAACCUAGCUUGCACAAGCUUGGUGAGAAUUCUACCCGUGAGCCACAACCCCAGCCCCAUGGUAUUCACAUUUUUUAUUGUGGUUAUUACAGUUGUACAUAGUAGUGGGAUAUGUUGUUACACAUACAUGCACACAAUAUAACAGUAUAAUUGGGCCAAUAUCACUCCCCAACAUUGUACCUUUGUCUAUUUAAGAGGUUAAUUUCUGAUCACUCUCUAUAAAUUAUGAAUAUUAAUGUUUUGCAGCUGCAUUAUACAUAUUUUUAGUCGAUUUUUAUUUUUUUAUUCUAAUUUGUUAUAUAUGACAGCAGAGUGCAUUACAAUUCAUAUUAUACAUAUAGAGCACAAUUUUUCAUAUCUCUGGUUGUAUACAAAGUAUAGUCAUACCAUUCGUGUCUUCAUAUGUGUACUUAGGUAAUGAUGUCCAUCUCAAUCCACCAUCUUUUCUACCCCUGUGUGUGUGUAUACACACACACACACACACACACACACACACACACACAUAUAUAUAUAUAUACAUAAUUCACAAUGGAAUAUUGUGUAUAUGUAUGCCACAUUUUCUUUAUCCAUUCAUCUACUGAAGGGCAUCUAGGUUACUUCCACAGUUUAGCUAUUGUGAAUUUGCAGCUAUAUACAUUGAUGUGGCUGUGUCCCUUAUAGUAUGCUGUUUUUCCAUCCUUUAUGUAUAGACCGAGGAGUGGGAUAGCUGGUUCAAAUGGUGGUUCCAUUCUCAAUUUUCUGAGAAAUCCCCAUAUUGCUUUCCACAUUGGCUGCACCAAUUUGCAGUCCCACCAGCAGUGUAUGAGUGUACCUUUUCCCCCACAUCCUCACCAACACUUAUUGUUGUUUGUAUUCUUAAUUGCUGCAUUCUGACUAGAAUGAGAUGAAAUCUUAAAGUAGUUUUGAUUUGCAUUUUUCUAAUUGCUAGAAAUGUUGAACAUUUUUUCAUAUAUUUGUUGAUGGAUUGUAUGUCUUCUUCUGAGAAGAGUCUGUUCAGUUCCUGGGCCCAUUUAUUGAUUGGGUUAUUUGGGUUUUUGGUGUUUAGAUUUUUUAGUUCUUUAUAUAUCCUAGAGAGUAGUGCUCUGUUUGAUGUGUGUAUGGUAAAAAUUUGCUCCCAAAAUGUAGGCUCUCUAUUCACCUCACUGAUUGUUUCUUUUGCUGAGAAGAACCUUUUUAGUUGAAUCCAUCCCAUUUAUUGAUUCUUGAUUUUAAUUCUUGCACUGUAGGAUUAUUAUUAAAGAAGUAAGGGGCUUAAUCCAACAUGAUGGAGAUUUUGGCCUACUUUUUCUUCUAUUAGAUGCAGGGGCUCUGAUAUAAUUCCUAAGUCCUUGAUCUACUUUGAGUUGAGUUUUGUUCAUGGUGAGAGAGAGGAGUUUUAUUUCAUUUUGUUGCAUAUGGAUUUCCAUUUUCUCAGCAUAUUUGUUGAAGAGGCUAUCAUUUUUCCAAUGUAUGUUUCUGGUGCCUUUGUUUAAUAUAAGAUAACCGUGAUUAUGUGGGUUUAUCUCUGUGUCCUCUAUUCUGUACCGUUGGUCUAUCAGUCUCUUUUGGUGCCAAUACCAUGCUGGUUUUGUUACUAUUGCUUUGUGGUAUAGUUUAAAUUCUGGUAUAGUGAUGCCACCUGCUUCACUCUUCUUGCUAAGGAAUGCUUUAGCUAUUCUGGAUCUCCUAUUUUUCCAGAUGAAUUUCAUGACUGCUUUUUCUGUUUCCAUGAGGAAUGUCAUUGGGAUUUUCCUUGGAAUUGCAUUAAAUCUGUAUAGUGCUUUUUGGUAGUAUGGUCAUUUUGACAAUAUCAAUUUUACCUAAGAACAAGUUAGAUCUUUCCGUCUUCUAAGGUCUUCUUUAAUUUCUGUCUUUAGCGUUCUUUAGUUUUCAUUGUAGAGGUCUUUAACCUCUUUUAUUAGAUUGAUUCCCAAAUAUUUUUUUUUCUAUUUGAGAUUAUUGUGAACGGGGUAGUUUUUCCUCGUUUCCCUUUCAGAGGAUUUGUCACUGAUAUACAGAAAUGCCUUUGAUUUAUAGGUGUUGAUUUUGUAUCUUGCUACUUUGCUGAAUUUAUGUACUAGUUCUAGAAGUUUUCUGGUGGAAUUUUUUGGAAUCUUCCAAGGAUAGAAUCAUAUUGUUGGCAAAUGGUGCUAGUUUGAGUUCUUCUUUUUCUAUCCAUAUCCCUUUAAUUUUUUUCAUCUGUCUCAAAAAAAAAAAAAAAAUGACCAAACAUUACAUCUCAAAGCCCUAGAAAAAUAGGAAACAAAUCAAUACCAGAAGCAGAAGAAGACAGGAAAUAAUUAAAAUCAGAGAUGAAAUGAAUUAAAUUUAAACAAAAGAAAUAAUUGAAAAAAUUGACAAAACAAAAGUUGGUUCUUUGAAAAAAAUAAAUUAAAUUGACAAACCCUUAGCCAUGCUAACAAAGAGAAGGAGAGAGAAAACUCAAAUUACUAACAUUGAUGAUGAAAAAGGAAAUAUCACAACAACACUACAGAAAGACAGAAGAUAAUUAGAAAUUAUUUUGAAAACUUUUACUCCAAUAAAAUAGAAAAUAUUGAAGGCAUUGACAAAUUUUCUAGAGUCGUAUGAUUUGCCCAAAUUGAAUCAGGAUGAUAUGCACAAGUUAAACAGAUCAAUUUCAAGCAACGAAAUAGAAAGCGCCAUCAGGAGCCUACCAACCAAGAAAAGCCCAGGACCGAAUGGAAACACAGCUAGUUCUACAAGACCUUUGAAGGAGAACUAAUACCAAAACUCUUCAAAUUAUUUCAUGAAAUAGAAAAAGAGGGAGCACCUCCAAACUCAUUGUAUGAGGUCAAUAUCACCCUGAUUCCAGAACCAGGCAUAAAUACAUCAAAGAAGGAAACUUCAGACCAAUAUCUCUAAAGAACAUAGAUGCAAAAAUUCUCAUUAAAAUUCUGGCAAACAUAUCAAAAAGAUAGUGUACCUCCAUCAAGUGGGAAUCAUUCCAGGGAUUCAAGGUUGGUUCAACAUACGAAAAAAUCCAUAAAUGUAAUUCAUCACAUCAGUAGAAUAGGAAUCAUAUGAUUAUCUCAAUGGAUGUAGUAAAAGCACUCAACAAAAUACAGCACCCCUUCAUAUUGAAAAUACUAAAAAACUAGGGAUAACAGGAAUGUAUCUCAACAUGGUAAAAGCCAUUUAUGCUAAGCCCCAGGCCAACAUCAUUCUAAAUGGAUAAAAAUUGAAAGCAUUCUCUCUAAAAAUGGGAACAAGACAGGGAUGCUCUCUUUCACCACUUCUAUUUUGUCAAUUUUUAAUUGGCUUUAUUUAUGGUUUUAUGCCUUGCAAAACAUUUUCAAUUCCUAUGUAGAAAAUGUGUCAUGGUUAAGAUAUUUCCUAUCUCUUGCCAGGCAUGGUGGCACACACUUAUAAUCCUGUGGACUCAGGACGUUGAGACAGGAGGAUGGCAAAUUCUAGGCUAACCUCAGCUACUUAGUCAGACCCUGUCUCAAAAUAAAAAGGACUGGGGAUGUAUCUCCAUGGCAGAAUGCCCCUUGGUUCAAUCCCCAGUACCAAAAAUAAAAGGGUAUGUAGUUUGGUGGUAAAAACCCCUGAGUUUGAUUCCCACUACUGCACAAACUUAAAAAACCUCUCCUAAGAGUCUUUUGUAAAUGUAAUUUGGAGAUUUUGUUACAAUAUUUUUAUUUUACAUGUUAAAAUUUUUAUGUCUUUAGUCCAUCUGGCAUUUAUUUUUUAACAUAGCAUAAGAUAGCAUUCCAAUUUUACUUUCUUCCAGAUGGAUAGCCAGUUGUGUUAUUCCUAUUUUCCUACUGAGUACAACUACCAUCAUUGUCAUAUCUUACAUUCUAUCAUCUAUACUGGGAUUGUUCUGUUACUAACCUGUUUGUGUUUUCCUCUCUCAAUACUCUUUUGACUAAAGAGGCUAUGAUUUAUGUUCUGAUACUUUGUGAAGCAAGUCUUUUCUAUUUCCUAUGAAUUACUUGACUAUUCUUUCAAUUUUAAUCUUCCACAAAAGCCUUAAAAUCAUUUAUCCAAUCUCAUCACCACCACUAUCUUAUAAGGUUAUGUAGUGAUUCUAAUUUGAAUUCAUUAAUUGACAUUGAGUGUGUAAAUUGAAAAUUGUUAUUAUAUCUUCACAACUAAGAAUAAUGGGAUGUCUUUCUACCUGUUCAGUAAAGACUUCAGAUAUGCCUUCAUGUGAGUCUUGUGCCUUUUUUAUUUUAUUCCCAGAUUAUCUUAGAGUACUCACAAGGUAAGUGGAGGAUUUUUUUGUUUUUUGUUUUUCCAUUUGGUUCAAUAGAGAAAAAACAUUGAUAAAUUUUCUGUUCAUCUACCUGUUGAGUUUUGAUGAUUUCCAAAAAUGCAUAUUUUAGAUUUCUAAAUGUACAGUAAAAAUGUUUCACCUCUUUGAUUUCAGUGUCUAUGGAAGCUACCAGUUGUCUUGAUUUUGUUUUUAUAUGUGGUAGAAAUAUUAAGACAGUGUCAGAUUUGAUGAUGGUGAUAAUUAAAUUCCUUCUCUAAUUCCUGAUUUUAGUUAAAAUGAUUUUAGCUUUUCAAUCUUUGGGGGAAAUAUGCUAUUUAUUUUUUAUAAAUAAUUUUUCUUUCUUUCUUUUUUUUUUAAUUCUUUGUUGGAAUUUGUUGGUGGUGGUGGUGAUGGUGCUGAGGGAUUGAACCUAGGGGCACUGUACCAUUGAGACAUAUCUCCAGCCCUUUUUAUUUUUUGAGACAGAGCCUUGUUUAGUUGCUGAGGCUGCCUUGAACUUUCAAUCUUCCUGUCUCAAGUCUUCUGAAUUGCAGGGAUUACAGGGAUGCACCACUGUGAGCAGCUUAAGGUUGGAAUUUUUAUUAGGAACGUCUACUGAAUUUUAUUAAGAGCUUUUUCAGCAUUUCAUGAACAUUAUUUUCUUUCAUUUGUUGAUGCAGUGCAUAGUUCAUCAACAUGAUAGACUUGAUAUUGUUUACAGUUGGCUUCAUGUAAUAAAUUUCUACAAAACAAGUACCUCUAACUAAAUUCUUUGUGUUCUUUUCUUUCUGGUCUUUGGCCAGGAGCUCUUCAGUCCUGAUCUUUAGAUGAUACUAGUAAGUCUCGAAUGGAAGCCUCUUAGCUCCAGUUGCUAGUUAUCCUAGGGUUUGGUGACUUAUGUUAAGUUGGAGUUGAGAAUAAAGACAAAGGAAGGCAUUUUCUAUUCCUAGAAUCCUCCUGUUCCUUCUUUGUUUUGUUUUGUUGUUGUUGUUGGUUUUAGUUUUUUUUUUUUUUUUCUUUUGAGAGAUAGAGAGAAUUUAUUUAUUUUUUAGUUUUCAGUGGACACAACAUCUUUAUUUGUAUGUGGUGCUGAGGAUUGAACCCAGGCCGCACGCAUGCCAGGCGAAUGCGCUACCCUUGAGCCACAUCCCCAGCCCCAAGUUUUUUUAUUUUAUGUAAGUAUGUCUUUCUGUUCCUUUUAAGUCAGUGUUUAGUAGGCAAAAUUUACACCAAACUACUUCUACAACAGAUUUUUUCCCCCAGCUCUUUUUAUUUUUAAGACAAGUUUUUGUUAAGUUGCCCAGGCUGACCUGAAACUUGGGAUUCUCCUGUCUAAGCCUCCCAAGUAGUUGGAAUUGCAGGCUCACACCACUGUGCUGGGCUCUGAAACCUUUUUAAUAAUGAGAAAAUAAUGAAAUAUCAAUGUAUCUUGAUGUUUUUCCUUCCUUCCAUCCUUUUGGCCUUUUUUUCUGAAACUAAUCUGCAUUGUUUUCUUCAGUGAUUGUCAAUUUCAGUGGAAGGAACAUUUUUGCCAUGAAGCUUUUAUUCAGAACCUAAACUAGUAGCAAGCUCAUAUAAUCAAUAUUUACAUUUCUAAUUGUUUAUUCAAAGGAGACUAUAAAGGCCCAGAUGCAUUUUUACAAGUCUGGAAAAAUAAAUUAUUAGUUAUGAUUUCAUUAUCAAAUUAUUAGUUAUGAUUUCAUUAUAAAGCAGAUCGAUUUACUAGGCAGUAAUUAAAUAAUACUUACUCACAGGAACCUGCCUGUGGAUGCCCAACAAUAAAAGGGGAUUGAUUUAUCAAGAACAGUGCUGGAUGUAAAGUUUGAAAUCCUGAGUACUAGUCUUAGUGCUCUAUCUAGCUUCCUUGAACUCAGAUGGGGUUCUGUACCUAUGACCAUUCAUUUCCUCUUCUCUAAAAUGAGGUUCCUGAAGUAAGUGGUUGAUCCUUCUUUAAACUUUAACAUUGUGGAAAAUCAGAUACUAUUGGUCCUCUGUAUCCACAGAUUACAUAUUUGUGGGUUCCAUAUCCCCAAAUUUAACCAACUAGAGAUUGAAAGUGUUAAUUGAAAAAAGUUGCUUCAGUCCUGAAUAUUUACACACACUUUUUUUCUUGACAAUAUUUUUUAAACAACAUAGUAGUUAAAUAGCAUCUACAUUAUAUCAGUUUUACAAGUAAUCAGGAUACAGGAAGAUUAUGUAGGUUAAAUGCAAAUACUUCACCCUUUUUAUAAGGAACCUGAGCAUCUACAGAUUUUGGUGUCUGACACAGUUCCCAGAACUAGUCUCCCUUAGAUACUGAGGGACCAUUGGAGUGUUUGAGCCCUGCCUCAAAAUACAGGCCAUGAUUCCAGUGUUUCACAGCUGAGUUAUUUUUUUUUUAAAUACAUGACAGCAGAAUGCAUUACAAUUCUUAUUACUCAUAUAGAGCACAAUUUUUCAUAUCACAGCUGAGUUCUUUUGCUGUCUGGUUCUAUAGGAAAUUAGGUUGUUGUGAACUUUCUGGUGCAUUGCAUGCUCCAAUAGAGCAAUUAACUAUAGUGGAUACCUUUAAAGUUUUAUUUGUGAAAAUAAUUUUAAACCAUGGUGUCUCUAUGAAGUCAUUUCUCCUCUAGGGAGUUCUUGUAAGUAAUGUCUGUCUAGGGAGCUUUAAAGGGUUUUUGUUUUUUUUUUUGUUUGUUUGUUUGUUUUUUUGGGGGGGGAGUGUUUGUUUGGUACUGGGGAUUGAACCCAGGGACACUUAACCCAAUGAGACAGUCUCAUUGAGUUGCUUUUAGUUUUUCUAAGUUGCUUAGGCUGGAUUUGAACUCGUGAUCCUCCUGACUCAGCUUCCUGAGUCACUGGGAUUACAGGUAUGACCACCACACCUGACAUAAAAGGUUUUGAACUUACUGGAAUGUAAAUGUAGAGCUGGGCUUGUAGCUUAGUGGUGGUAGAACAUUGGCCUAGUACAUGUGAGGGCACUGGGGUUGAUCCUCAGCACCACAUAAAAAUAAAUAAAAUGAAAAUAUUGUAUCCAUCUACAACUAAAAAUGUAUCUUAAAAAAAAAAAAAUGUCGGGGCUAGAGUUGUAGCUCAGUGAUAGAGCACUUGCCUUGCAUGCAUGAGGCCCCGGGUUUGGUCCUUAGCACCACAUAAAAAUAAAGAUAUUGUGUGUGGGAGACCAACCUUACACGUGACUGGGUCACACUCCCUGGCUGGGUGCUGAGGCGCUCAGUCACAGAAAUGUGGUCAUUGUCUCGUUCAUGGGUGUGUCUUGCUAUAGCCCCAUGGGUGAAGCUAUGCUCACCUGUUCCUUUGUAAUAUAACCCCUUGCCCUGUUUAGGAUAGAAUCUUCCAUGGAAGUGCCUUGUGUGUGUCCCCUUCUCUUACUGUGUUCUUGGGUGUGGCCUACCCAGGUGUCAGUCACCUACUGGGGUUGAUCCUCAGCACCACAUAAAAAUAAAUAAAAUAAAAAUAUUGUAUCCAUCUACAACUAAAAAUGUAUCUUAAAAAAAAAAAUGUCGGGGCUAGAGUUGUAGCUCAGUGAUAGAGCACUUGCCUUGCAUGCAUGAGGCCCCGGGUUUGGUCCUUAGCACCACAUAAAAAUAAAGAUAUUGUGUGUGGGAGACCAACCUUACUUCUGUGUGUGUGUGUGUGUGUGUGUGCUUUUUGUAUAUCAGAUUGGGGAACAUUUUCUUUAUUUUUAUCUUGAAAAACUGAUUUUAAAGUUUCUUGAAACUGGUGAAUAUCCAGUGAAUCAUGAGAGAGAAAAUGCUGAAUAUUUAACUGUUCAGCUAGAACUUCUCAUGCAGCUGAAUUAUGAUUUCUCACUUGCCAUAUACAGUUAACACACUUCUUCUUUAAUAUUCUUUGUUCCUUGGAAAAAUGCUAAAAGAAAAUAGGAAUUUCCCAUUAUUGCCUUUGUGGAAAUGUAUUCAUAUCUAAUUCCUGACUCGCUGCCCUGGCUACUACCCGUUUUCCUUGCUACCAAUUUUCCUUGCUUUUCUGCUUAAGAGAGGGAUUCCAGACAGACGAGGAAACAGCUUUUAAAUGCUGCACUGCGGGUGUACUAAGCCAUUCCCCCACUGUGCAGUCUGGAAAUCCAGGAGCACCUCUCUGGCAAUGCAUUCUAAUGAGUUGCUAAAGAUGCCAGAGCAUGUGCAUGCAUUUUCUUUCCCCUCCCCCUUUCUUCCUUUUUCCAAGCCCCCUCUUCUCCCUGUUUCCCCUCCUUCUCCUUUAUCCCCUCCCUCUGUGUCUCAGUUCUGCAGUACACAGGAGGGAAGCACACUCCUGCAUUGCAAGGCUUUCUCUUAAGGAAGUAUUGUGGCUUUUGUUUGGAUUGCAGUGUGCAGACUUACAGCUGUUCAGAGGAGACUCAUUACAACUCCUGCUGAAGCUCCUAAUCUUCCUCCCUUCUUCUAGCCCUUUUCUCUACCCUAACUUGGCCUGAAGACAUUGUCCCCCAAAUUUACCUUUCUCCCUUGGUGCUAUAUGUAUGGUGAACUUGGCACUAUGGCCUCGUCUGGGACUGGCCAGACGAUGACUCUUGGCUCUCCCUAUUCCAAGAAGGAUUUAAAGGGAAAUUGCACUGCAGGCAAUGCAUCAGAGCAGCAGCAUCGGGAGCUUGGGGACUGAGGCUCUUCUGGCAGUAUUAUACACAUGCACAGCUGACCGCAAUGACAGCAGCUGCUCCUUUGAACUGUUGGCAGCAGCCAAGCGGCAGCAUGAAGUGAGAGAUCACUCCUGAGCUCAAGAUGAACUCCACCUUGGAUGGUAAUCAGAGCAGCCACUCUUUUUGUCUCUUGGCAUUUGACUACUUGGAAACUGUCAGUUUUUGCCUUUUGGAAGUGCUGAUUAUUGUUUUUCUAACAGUAUUGAUUAUUUCUGGCAACAUCAUUGUGAUUUUUGUAUUUCACUGUGCACCUUUGUUGAACCAUCACACUACAAGUUAUUUUAUCCAGACAAUGGCAUAUGCUGACCUCCUGGUGGGGGUAAGCUGCUUGGUCCCUUCUUUAUCACUCCUUCACUAUUCCCUACCAUUAGAGGAGUCCUUGACUUGCCAGAUAUUUGGCUUUGCAGUAUCAGUUCUGAAGAGUGUCUCUAUGGCUUCUCUGGCCUGUAUCAGCAUUGAUAGAUACAUUGCCAUCACUAAGCCUUUAACGUAUAAUACCCUGGUUACACCCUGGAGACUACGCCUGUGUAUUUUCCUGAUUUGGCUAUACUCCACCCUCAUCUUCCUGCCUUCCUUUUUCCACUGGGGCAAACCUGGAUAUCAUGGAGAUGUCUUUCAGUGGUGUGCGGAGUCCUGGCACACAGACCCAUACUUCACCUUGUUCAUCGUGAUAAUGUUAUAUGCCCCAGCAGCCCUCAUUGUCUGCUUCACAUAUUUCAACAUCUUCCGCAUCUGCCAACAGCAUACAAAGGAAAUCAGCGAAAGGCAAGCCCGCUUCAGCAGCCAGAGUGGGGAGACUGGGGAAGAACAGGCCUGUCCCGAUAAGCGUUAUGCCAUGGUCCUGUUCCGCAUCACUAGUGUAUUUUAUGUCCUCUGGUUGCCCUAUAUUAUCUACUUCUUGUUGGAGAGUUCCACUGGCCACAGCAACCGCUUCGUAUCCUUCUUGACCACCUGGCUUGCUAUUAGUAACAGUUUCUGCAAUUGUGUCAUUUAUAGUCUGUCCAACAGUGUCUUCCAAAGAGGACUUAAACGCCUAUCAGGGGCUGUGUGUACUUGUGCAAGUCAGACCACUGACAAGGACCCUUAUACAGUUAGGAGCAAAGGCCCCCUUAAUGGAUGUCAUGUCUGAAAUGGCUCAGUCACUAGUUCACUAGGAAAUCGGGGACAGAAUAAUUUGACUAAGCAAUAGCACACAAGUGAUCUAUCCAAAUAUCUUUUUUUUAAGUUUGCAUGAAAUUUUUUCCUAAAUGUGAUUUUGAAUCAGAAGAAUCAGGAUCAUGAGGAUAAAUUUCUCUUGUUCCAGUUUUUGAAAUGUCAUGGAAAUGACUACAUUUCUCAGAUUUAAAGGAAUAAAGCCAUACCUAACACCUCUCUCCAGCUGGCGUGACUGAACCUGGGUGUGAAAAAGCGUCAGCAUUUUAAAAGUCAUCAUUCUCUUGUCACUUUUCUAGAUUCUUUCCAGCAUUUGGACUUCCUGUGCAAUUGAUAUCUUUCAACAGGGAAUAUUAAAAUAUACUGAUAAAUUAAUAGGGAUUUAAUUUUUUUUAUCUGUACAUUGCAAGUUUCAACACUGUCAUUUAGACAGCCAAAUGUUUUGCAUUAUAUUCUCUUGAGAGAACUCUUAAUGGGGUGAAUAAUGUGAACAAUUAAACAUUACUUUUAAAAUUUUGCAAUGAACCACAGAAGUAAAAGUGCAACCAACUCAUAGUUCAUGAAAAACUGAGCUACUUUUUUGUGCUAUGCUUCACAGAGAUUUUGAUACAUGUGCAUAUAAGUAAUUGAUGCAAUAUUUUUGCCCAGGUGUUUGUGUAUAUUGAGAAUAUUUGAAUUGAGUUAGAUUUCUCUUUCAUGACAAAAUGUAUUUCAGUGAGCUAAAAUUAAUUGCAAGUAUAGUUGAUAACGGUGAAAAUAUAUAAAAAUGUGACUUUAGUGUUUUUUGUUCUUUUUUAUCCAAAGACUUUUGAAAUAUUAGAACAGCAAGCAGAAGAGUGCCAUAGGUAAUCAAGUCAAAAUAUACUAUUGGCUGGAGGUAGGGCUCAGUGGUAGAGUACAUGGUCAGUAUAUGCAAAGCCCUGAGUUCAGUAUCCUGCCCAGGGAGUGGGGUAAAUAUGUAUGUGUACACGCACUGUAAUAUACUCAUUUUUUAAAAUGGAGUUAAUUGACAUGUUUUCUUCGUGGUUAAAUAGAAUCAACUAAUACAGUAAAAACUAAUUUUGGAAAGCAUUCUUUCAGUGUUAAAGAAUCCACGUUGAGUGAAGGAAGGGGAGAUUCUGGUUAAUCUGAAUCUCUUUUAUUGCUUUUUUUUUACUGGAGAAAAAAUCUUUUGGCAUACAGUUUUUUCUUUAAGUCUUUUUUUCAUUUUUGUUUUUCUAACACACUGGCAAAAUCUAUAGGAUUUUAUCAUCAUUUUCUAGAAUUAUUAUCAGAAUGGUAUGUGUUUGUGUAUAGUAUCAUGUUUUGUUCUUAAAAAUGAUUAUCUUUAAAGCAAGAAGUUUACUUUUCUAAAAGGAGAGAAGGAUUUCUGGCAGCUCUAGGCAUAAAAUAUUUCCUUCACUUUUCUGCCUGUUUUAGUUUUUAGAAAUCUUCAGACGACUUAUUUGAUCUCUGCCUUUGGCUAAAUGUUGGUAUCUGAAUGCAGCAGUGGUGUUCAGGGAGAUGGAAGAUAGAAGAAACCCAAGGGACGUGGUCUAAAGUGGAUUUCUGAAUCCAAGAAAGGACAUGGAUAUUUAUAAAACAGGCAGAUAUGUUUCAGUUUUCCAUCCUGAUGUUAGAAAUCCCUUGCCCUUUUAAAAUAAAAACCAACAUUUGUUUGAUUUUAGGUUCAGUUAAAAUCAGUUUGAUUUUAACCUCAAAUGUCUUCUCUUUAAACUUUUUUUUAUUUUAAGUGACUAUUAUAUAAACAUUCAAGCAUCAGAUUCUCAGUUCUUCUCAAAAGCUUACUGGCCCUUUAUAUUUAGUGUUAGCAGAUUUGAUUCUAAGCUAUUUCAGAAUUUAGAACUCAUACUGAAAUUGCAAGUUAGGUUUAGGAAUGACUUUGUUGAAUUGCUGUUUCACGUGGAAAACCUUUACUGCUGGAUUCUGAAAAAUAGUUUUUAUCAUACAUAUUUCAUAUUUGUUAAAAUGGUACAGAUGUAAAAAAAAUUACCUUUUUUAAUAUCUGCUAGAGAAUGUAACCUAUUCAGAUUUGCAGUUUGCUUAUGAAUUUUUUGUUCAGUAAAUAUGGGAAUCUUAAAGACUUAUAUAGAAAAUUGAUGUUAAAUCAAUGGAUUUUACUUUCUUAAGAUCAAAGGAGCUGGGCCUUUUUAAUUUUUUGCUCUGAUAGGUGUUCAUUUUGUAAAAAGAAAAUACCUAUUUAAAUUUUUUGGUAAUGGCUAACCAAUGUGGUUUUGUUUGUUUGCUUGUUUUGGUACUGGGGGCUGAACCAAGGGGUGCUUAACCACUGAGCCACAUCUCUAGCCCUUUAUAUAUUUUAUUUAGAGAGAGGGUCUCACUAAGUUGCUUAAGGCUUCUCUAAGUUGUUGAGGCUGGCUGCAAAGACAGUUCUUUUAAUAAGAUCUUUUUUAAGUAGAUAUUUUCAUUGUUUUCCUAGUUCCAAAUUUGGAUUUUAUUAGACAGUGUUUUUAAGCAUUAGAAUAUCUGUUAAUAUCUGAGUCCAACAAAAGUGGAAGCAAAGUAGAUCAGUAAUUUUUAAGAAAAAUAAAAAGUGUCCUUCCCCACCUGAUGCUUUUUUAAUAGCAGUUAUCUUUCCAGUUUUUCUUGUCUUCAGGGAAACCUAAGAUUUCUUCCAGGUAUCAGCUCUUUUAUUCUCACAUUCAUUUUCUGUACUGCCGUUUGUUCAUUUUGGUUUUUGUUUUGUUGUAUGUGCAUGUAUUGGGUGAGGGGGGACAAUAGGUUCAUAGUUCCAGUCUUCAGUGGUGUGAUUACUUUCUGCAUGAUAUUUUGGGAGUUUAUCAAUGAAGCAUUUAAUAACAUUUAGUUUAAAUACCAAACCAACUAGUUCAGAAUGAGAAAACAGUAUAUUUUUAGACUCAAAUACUUUGAAUAGCUCAUUUCACUUAAUAUGGUAUAAGACUAGUAUCAGAGGACUUAUUUAAAGUUUAUAUCAGAGGAAUCCUUUUAGAGAUUGUAUUGGAAAUUAUUUCAUAGUAAAUUUUAAAAUAAGAUUAUACUGUUUUAUUUGUAAAUGAGUUAUAUGUUUUAAUGCAGUGAUUUCAAUGAAGAUGUGUUUUUUCCUUAUAGACAUAAAAAACAAUUAUAAGUGAACCUAGUGCUCCACUUUAGUAAGAACAUUAUCUUAUACCAGAAUUGAUAAUUGAAUUUUUAAAUUUAUUCUUUUAUUUUUUAUAGUGGGGUUAAUUUUUAUUUAUUUAUUUAUUUUUUGAGUUGUAGAUGGACACAAUACCUUUAUUUUAUUUAUUUUUAUGUGGUGCUGAGGAUCAAACCCAGUUCCUCGUGCAUGCCAGGCAAGCACUCUAUUGCUGAGCCACAUCCCCAGCCCAAUAGUGGGGUUCAUUUUGACAUAAUCAUAAAUGCAUGUAACAUGGCUUGAGCAUUCUCAUUCAGUCCACAGAACCUCCCCUUUUCCUCUCCUCCCUCCCCCUUGAUUCCCUUCCUCUACUCUACUUGUCUUCCAUCUAUUUAUUAUUUUUUACAUUGGUCAUUAUAGUUAAUACAUAAAAGUGGAAUUCAUUAUGAUGUACUCAUAGAUGCAAUAUAGGAUAAGUUGAUCAAUUUUGUUCUGCAUUUGCUCCCUUUACUCAUUCCUCCUCCCUUCCCCUGGAUCUACUCCACUGUUCUACUUUUUGUUUUCCUGAUAUCCUGCUCUCUCCCCACCAUUUUUUCUUUAAUUUCUCUCUAGCUUCCAUGAAUAUUUGAAUUUUUCAUGAUCCUGUUGACUCUUACCCAGAAUUCUAUCUUGGUAAGAGUUUUGGAAAAGGUUUACUUUAAGCCUUAUUGCUUGAUAAAUUCUUUUUUAAGUCUUUUAUAAUGACUUUUCAUUUGUACUUGAAUAAUGUAUCUCAUUAUUUCAAAACUUGGGAAAACUUGAAUUUUCAUACCACAAAUGCAUUGUCUAUCUCUUUGAAAUUGAAAAUUCAAGUGACACAGGCUUCCAGAUGGUAGAAUGAUUUUGGAAAGAGUUUACUCAGCUUUUUAGGUUUAUUUGAAAAUUUUACACAGUGACUUUGUAGGAAAUAUCUUAAUUUCAUUGACUUUGUGUUUCUGUAUCAUAACAGAUUUGUGAAAUAAAUUAUUGACAAACCAGAAUUUAUUGUUAUAUGAGCAGAUUUUGGAAGGCUUAAGGAUGGGAGAAGUGGGGUACUGUGACCUUUUUAAAAAGUGUUCAUAAGUCUUUUUGUGAUUUUAUUUUUGCAUAAUUUGUCUAUUUCAGGUUGAGGAAAACUAAAUAUUUAUUAAAUGCAUAUUGUAAUUAUUUUCCAGAUCCUAGAAAUACUGUAGAUUCUUCUUAUGGCUAUAAAUGAGUCAUUUGACCUUUCAUAGUUUGAGUGACAAGGGGCAUCAUGAUAGGAUUAAAAAGUUAAAUUUGAAAAUCUAUGUUUAUCUUACUGUUUAGUUCAUUAAGCUUAGUAAGUAAGCACUUAAUUUCUUCCUGAAAAGAAACUAAUGGUCCUUUAAUACCUUAUAGGAUUACUUACUUAGAGGAUUAAAUUCAGAUAAUGAAUAUAAAAGUACUUUGAAAAUUGUAAAGUGAUUUGCAGAUAAAACUGAUUACUGCUAUUUGUAUCUGCCAUGCUUUUACAAGUAAGGACAUAAUAGCUAUAUGUCAUGAUGACCUUUCCCACAUUAAAAUCUUUGAACCUCAAUGGUAAAUCGUACUCAAUGCUAUUUAGCAAUUUCCAGACCUGAAAAAAGAGACAAAAAUAAAAUUCUCAUCUUUUAAAAAUGAUAAUAGCCUUAAAUUCAACAUAUUGUUACUAGACUCCUCAUCCAGAGACCUGACGGCAAACCGGGGUUCCAACAAACCAGGUUCAGUCACUAUAAACACCAAACAGAAAAGGUAAUGAUGAAAAGCAGGAAAACAAAUGUGAAUCAGUAUGGCUCUAUGGGGAAGGCAAGUGAGAUCCAGCAUCUCAGCCCUGACUUCUAGAUGCUGAUAAGGGCUUUAGGUUCAAAUCAAAGAAGAAUUGGGACAGGGCAGAUUAAUGCAUAAUUAAGCAGUCUUGGUCAGAUGGUGGUCUGGUUAUCAUUCUCUCAGUUCUGGUUCUGUGAGUGGCUCCAGAGAAGUUCUUUGUCACUUGAGGGGAGUAAUUUCCAACUGUUGCUCAGGAUGUUUACUUCUCAGACCUGUGUUCCUGGAAGAAGGCAAUGACUUGAGACUUUUAGGCACCAUUCCAAGAGUCUGAUGCAGCAAAAGCUGACAGUCAGAUGUUCUUGCAAUUCUUGUCUUGGUCUUGACAGGUUAGGUAAAUUUGGAACUAAUAAACCUUGUAUUACCGAUUUUUAAAUGAACAUUCCUUAGAUGAUUAGCAUGUCUAUGUGCAGAGCUGACAAGAAUCUGAAGACAAAUACAAAAUGAAGACAUAGAUGCCAAGCUUAAUCCUGCUUUAAUUACCCAUUGGUCACUAGCAGGCCUAAGUAAAGAGUCAGUGCUUUUAGCAGAAGUGGUAUCUCUUAAGUUACUGUUAAACACAGUACUAUGCAAGAGGCAGUGGCUUUUAGGGAAAGUUUAAGAAGCAGUCCAGAAAUACUUAUCCAGUAAACUCUGCUGUGUGCCAGGCAGUAUCACUAGCCUCAGAGAGGGAUGUAAAGAAGUGCCAUUGUUUUCUUGUAGAACUUUAUACUCUCCAAAUGUUCUAUGUGGAAAAAUUCUAUGAUUAUCUGUCUCCCAAGAAGCCUCACAGAGUGAUUUUAUCUGGUGGAAUUCAUGAAAGCCUCCUGUUGGGACACACAAUAGGUCCUGAUUCUUAGGGUGAGUUCACAUGGUGCUGACAUGUAAAAUCAUUAUGUCACUUUAUUAUUUCAAAAUUAGAAAUAAAUGCUAGCAAUAGGGAGCAUUCUUUCCAUGAUGGUGGAUCUUUUGGGGAAGCCAAACCAUAUGCAGAUGAGGAGAAAAUCUCAGAAAGUGAUUCUGUAAUGUGUUACUGGUAUUAGACUAAGGCCAAAGACCAGUCUCUACAUUUAGGAAAACCUUAUCAUUUGGAUCAUGUUAAAAGUUGAAAUCAUCUUUGCUUCCAGUAAUGAUCAACCUGCUUUCUAAUUGACAUACUAUUUUUUAAAUUCAGUUACUUCUUUUGUCACAUUUUAGUCAAAUUCCUUGGAACUCUGAGUAGUCUUGCUAACCUGCAACUCAUUCUUUUCUCUUUAACUCGUUAUACCCUAUCAUCUUAUAUAGAACUUGUGACUUAAUGAUUAAGAUUAUUUUAUAUCACAGGUCUUAUCUUUUACCAUAAAACAUACUCAUUUUAUGUUUGAUAAUUAUUCAAAGGGCAGACUUAAUCUCUUUAUGUUUAGGAGAACAGCUCAUUUUGGUUUUUAUGUAGUGCCUACUUAGAAAAGUAAGAUAUAUGAAAAUAUCCACAAAAAUUAGGUAAGUCAGAUAAUUAGGGUUGAGACAUUAAAUAUAUAGAAGUCAGAUCGUGUCUAGCAAAGGGGGGAUAUAGGAGCAGUUAAAUGGAAAGGACCUUAGAAUAAUCUUUUAGUUUCAUUCUGUCAUUGUGUAGACAGGAAACCAGCCCAGUGGGCACACAUCUGUUUAUGAUAAAACUCAGACUUCUGCUUCUAAUUCAUUGCUUUUUUUCUAGUAUACCAUGUUACUUUUGCAGAGGAGUUGGAAUUUGGCUUCACUCAGCUAUGCCCUGGGAUAUGCACAAGUAUGUGUAUGUGUAUAGUUCUAGGCAUAGGUAGCAUAAACAACAAAAUAAAUGUUUCCUGAGGCUCAUUAGUGUUUCAGGAGAUUUUCAUAAACCUUAUCAAAUUAAAUCUACCAAUACUGUAUAAGCUAGUGACUAUUAGUGGUCCCAUUGUAUAGAUAAGGAAACUGAGAUUCAGAGUCACAUAGCUUGUAAGCAAAAGUUAUGGAAUUUUAACCCAGGUCUUUCUGAUUCUAAAGCCUAAAUUCUUACCUCAGUAAUUCUCACAGGAACCUCCUAAUUAGUUAUUUUUAAUUUUCCUGAUUAUGUGUGAGGAAACAGGCUUAGAGAGGGUAAGAUGCUCCCAAGGUUACACAAAUAGUAAGGGAGUGUUAAGAUUCAAAUCCAAUUCUUUGACUCUAAGGUCUGUGUAUUUUAGCAAUGGAUAAGCCAACUCAUGGGCUUGAAAUAUAAAUUUCCUGCUAAAAUAUGGCAGAUUGAGUGUGCAUAUUUAUUUCUGUUAACUCCACCAUAAGAAUAGAACACCAAAGGUAUAAUGCAUAUGGCAGAUGACUAAUGUCAGUAAAAUUUUGAAAUAUAGAAACCCAGUGGACAAGUGGUAACUGACUCCACAUAAUCAGGAAACCUGAAUCCUGAAGUCAAGAUGUGGGGAAGGGCCAAAAAAAAGAAAAAAAGCAUGCUUAUUUGUCCAUGGAACCAGUAACUAAUUUGGAAUUAGAUUCUUAGGAUGCCCCUUCAAGCAUAGGGUAAUAUGAAGCUGAAGACAGAAUUGAUAGAAUUUUAUAUAAGGAACGUUUAGACACUAUUACCCCUACACCUGUGCCCCACCUACCCUGAUUCUCAUCCUAAGCUGGCCCAAAUAAGCAACUGAUUUUUACCAUCCCAGCAAAAGACAGGAGAAAUUGAACCAGACACUCCAGAUGCCAGUCAUAGCUGAAGAUAGCACAAAGAUAUCUUGUUGAAAACCUCAUUAAGAUAAAAAUUUUUAUGAGAAGCCAGGCGCAAUGGUGCACACCUAUAAUCUCAGUGAUUUGGAGGACUGAUAUAGGAGAAUCAGGAAAAAAUUUUUUUUUUAAUAUUUUAUUUUUUUUAUUUUUUAGUUCUCGGUGGACACAACAUCUUUGUUUGUAUGUGGUGCUGAGGAUCGAACCCGGGCCGCACGCAUGCCAGGCGAGCGCGCUACCACUUGAGCCACAUCCCCAGCCCUAGGAAAAAAUUUGAAGUCAGCUUUAAAUUAGAGAAACCCCAUCUCAAAAUAAAAAGGAUGGGGGAUGUAACUCAAUGGUAAAAUGUCCCAGAGUUCAAUCUCUACCCCCACUCCCAUCCCCAAUGGUUAAGUCUAUGUGUGAAAUAAUUACUUCCUGUCCAACUACACUCUCACACUUAAAGAAAAAAGGCAAAUGAAUUUUAGCAGAAGAAAAAAGAAACCAGGGAGGAAACCUGGGCUAGAACAUAACAUACUGCUGAAGUAGGAAAUGAAGGCACAGUAGCACUAAGCACCUAUGGCUCUUUAUAGAGAAGUUUCCUGUUCGUCAUUUCAUUUCAUCCUUCCAGAAAGAUAGACAAAGUCAAUAUUUUUGCCCUUUUGUAAUCUCGUCAACAUUUUUCAGUCUCAAAGAACUUUUUGGUAAGAAUCCACUAUAUCAUCUGCCUCGUGUGAAUCUUCUCCGAUUUUUUUAAAGGUGUGUAUGUUUUGCCAGGAAUCUUGUGUUAGGCAAGUGCUCUAUUACUGAGCUAUGUCCCCAGCCCCUUAGUUUUAAUUUUACCAAGGAAGAUAGCAAAUACAUAUUUUUUUCUCCCUCCCUCCUUCCCUCCCUCCCCGUCUCUCUCCUUCUGUACCCACCCCCCUUCUCUCUCUGUUUCCUGGUACUGGAGAUUAAAACCAGGUAUACUUUACUACUGAGCUACACUCUUAGCCCUUUUUACAUUUUUUUAAUUUUGAGACAAAAAUCUCACUUGGUUGCUAAGGGUUACCUUUUCAGUGCUCUUACCUCAACUUCCCAAAUCGCUGGGAUUGCAGGCAUGUGCCUCUGUCCUCAGCUGUAUUCUUCUUUCAUAUCAUGAGAAGGAAUGCAUGAAAACACAUAUAUUACAUAUAUGUGUGAAUGUAAUACAUUCAUAUUUAUGCAUAUGAGUAUAUGUGUUUACCAUGCUGGUGCUUAAGUAUAUCUAAUACAAGACCCAGCAUUACGAGAUCAUGAGAGGAAUGCGUAGUACUGUCUGAAGUUCAUAGGUAAGGAGGUACAUGUUAGAUGGAUUUCCUUCCAAGACAGUGUAUAAGAUGGACGAGGAUGUGAGUAGAGUAGGAUUUGUUUCUUUGGUUCCUUUCCUCAGCCUUCCCAUUCUUUGCAUGAGAUUGACAUGGACUGUCCAACUGGACAGGAUUAAAGGAACCCAAAGGAUCAAUAGAGAAAGAACAUAAUAAAGUGAUCUACAACUUAUUAAAUGAUGGGACAUGAAAAAAAAAACAAAACCUUUACAAAGCAAGAAACAUAGCUUUAGGUUGAAUAAUCAUGAUUAUAGUCAUUUAAGGUCUUCUUACAAAGAGAUUAUGUUGGCUUUGCCUCAAAUGUGAAAAUAAUAGUCUUUCCAAAAUAAAACUUCAAAUUUUGUGUCUACAGUUUUUAACAACAGUGAAGUGAAUUGAGUUGGUAAGACAGAAUUUUGGGGAGAAAGCAUUUAGACGACAUGAUAUAUUUCUGAAAUUUUUCCAGAAAAAGUAAGGAAAUCCCCAUUGCUAAAGCCAUUUAUGUAUAGCUAGGAACCCUCUUCCCCACAAGAGAAAAGUAAGAAGGCCAUUUGUGGCCUCUGGGGAACAAAAUCUGACCCAAGCCUUUUUCAUUUUUAAAGGUUUCCCUUCUUCAUGACAUGAUAUUUGUAGGAAUUGAAACCAUUCCACUAAAUGUUAACAUCAUUUUAUUGAGGAUGUGUGUUGUGGCCUGUAGAGCACUGGAAAUAAAACCAAAUUUAGACCCUGCUUCUGAUAAUUAAUUAGAUAAUCUGUCUGAACUUCAGAAUGAUCCUCAUCUUUGAAUGAAGGUGACACUAUCAUACUAGUCUCUUCAAGAUGAGGUGCAUGUUACAUUAAUAAAUUAAUCUUAAAAUUGUUCAUGUGGUUACUGCAUAUUCUUAUAUCAUCAUUUCUCUUAUUUCUGUCCCUCCGAAAGGGGAAGAUAGUGAAAAGAAGCAUGGACUUUUAGAAUUUGAGUGCUUGAUUUUCUAUUCUAUAAAAUAGGAUAACAACAUUUCAUUAAAAUUAUUGUGAAAAGUAGAUACUGUCAUAUCUUAAGUAUGUAGGAUUGUGCUUGGUGGCAUGGUCAAAACUCAGUAAAAGAUUGUUCCUAGUGUUUUUUUUUUUUUUUUUCCCAGAGUUCAGUAUGUCCUAGUGACUUUUGGCACUGCAAAAUUUGGCACAGACCCCCAGAAGAAAGCCCCAUUGUAAAAGUGGAGCAGCCUGUUGUGCUUCCUUAUCUCAGGGAUUAUAAAUCCCUCAAGUUUGUCCUGUGUUGAUGAUUUGCUCCAGUUCAUACUGAUGUUUUAUGUUUUUUGUCCUGCUUUCAGAAAAUGCUUUCCAAAAAGGUGGUGCUAUACGAUUCGUGGACAUUAAGAUUCACAUACAAUAUUUAGUUGUACUUCAUCAAAAAACAUUGGGGUUUACAGUGAGACCUUUAAUAUUUCAGAGAUAGAAAGGAAAUUUGAGGCCAAAGUGCUAAAAAGGUAUUGAUUUAAUGUAAUUGAUCUCAGGAGGAAAUUAAAGUUUUGGUUUUUAAGCUUCAAAGGUUUCAUGAAAGGGAGCUUUUUGUUUGUUUGUUUUGUAGGACUGGGGACUGAACCAAGGACCUUGCACAUGCUGGGCAUGAAUUCUACCACUGAGUAACAUCCCCAUCAUAAGAGGGGCCAUUUAUAUACUUAAGGAAUAAAGACACUGCGUUAUGUAGUGAUUUAAAGUGUAUGCUUGAGAUGGGAACAGAUCUGGGUUUGAAUCUUAGCCCUGCCACUUAAUAGCUGUGAGAGUUGGGGUAAAGUACACAAUUGCUGUUAGUCUCAGUUGUCUUAACUAAUAACACUAAUAACAUUCAAGUAUUGUGAGCAUUAAUUGAGCUAAUGCAUGUAAAACUCAACAUGGUACAUCGUACACAGUAAGCAUUCAAUACAUGUUAGCUCGUGCAGCUGUCUUCCUUGUGAAUAGGGUAAAGGAGUAGAGGAUUCAAAUUGAGGUCAUAGUGAAGAAUAAAGUCAGAAACAAACUGAUCAAAGCCUGAAAUAAGUGACUAACAGAUUUGGAUCUAAUAGGAAUUAGAGGUAAACUUAUGAUUUUUGCUUAGGUAAUGGGACAGAGCUAAAAGAUCCCUUAGGGGCCAUACCCAGCGUAGUGAUAAAGUUAGUUGCACAGCUGGGAUUGGAAUCCAGGAUUAGAUCUCCCUUAGAUUCGGUAAUGCCACACAAAUAAGUCAAAAAAGUUGUUCAACAUUUGUCUGGCUCUUAGAAACAGGCGUUUCCAGCUGAUUUAGAAAGAAGGGAAACAAAUGUUAGGUUUGGAGUUCAGUAAAAUAAAAAUAGUCUUUCCAUUGGUGCUGUCCAUCAAAAAAAUUAAAAUUUGACAUUGUGUUCAUUUUUUAGCUAAAACGUUCUCUUGAUUACUGGUAACAACCUCAGAAAUGUUUGUUAGAGGAAAUAAAUGAAAUUGAUGGUCUAGAAUGUCUUCAUUGAUGUGUGUAAUGUGUGUACUGCUAGUGAGAUUGAAGAGCAGAGAUUUUGCUUAAGUGAAAUUGAAGAUCACAGUUUAUUCAGUAACAUUUAAAGUUUUUGUUUUCCAAGAAUUUUAAGUAGAAGAAUAUAAGAAUUUAAUCCUAGGAGGGCCCUUUAAUACAUAGAUCCUAGUUCUUUGACUGAAUGAUUUCCUGUGUGAUAAGUUUUAAGUUUUUAGAUUGAUAGAAAAAGAUCUAGUUUGCUUAAUAAUUUAUAUAUUAAUGAUAAAAUAAUAUAGAUUUAAAUAUUUGUUUCUCAAGAUUAAUUCUUCAUUAGAAAAGUUAAAAUCUUAAACCGAUUUUUUUUAUUCCUUUGGGCUCCAGAAAAUAUAAUUUUUACCUGAAAGCUAUAUAAAAACAUAUAACUAAAAUAAACAUUGAUUUUCAGAAUAUAUACCUUUCAUCUGGAAUAUGUAUAUGAAUACAAACCUUGUACAGAAUUAUGAAUGCAGUUCUGCAAUUUGCUGAUAGAAAUAUUUUGGAACCACUGUCUUUAAAACAUACAUUCCUAUUUAAUUUUUUAAUUGAUUUUAUUAUUUUUUUUAAAUACAUGACAACAGUGGAAUGCAUUACAAUCCUUAUUACACAUAUGGAGCACAAUUUUUCGUAUCUCUAUAUAUAAAGUAUGUUCACAUCAAUUAUGUAAUUUAAUUUUUAAAAAUAUUUUAAGAGCAGGAAACUUCCAUAGAGUUGUAAUUAUGUUUUAAUAAGUCUAGCUAUUUUUAAGGGGCUGUUUAUUUUUGCUUCUCAAUAGGCACACUUAAUCUGACUUUAAACUUAUUAAUUUCAGAAGAAACUGACUUUUUGAAACAAAGAAGAAAACAUUGAUAAACAUUUUUAGAAUCAUAAUUAAUUAGGUUAUGUGGAAAUAUAGCUUAAAGAAUGUGAUACUUGAUUCUGUGUGUGGGUAGUAUGCAUAAUGAGUACUGUAUAUUAGUUGUGGGUGAUUUUAAGGAUAUUUUUAUUCAUGAUACAUGAUGCUUUAUACAGCCCUCAAACGAAUAAGUCAAAUAAUACAGUGUUAAGCUGUAUUAAUAAGCAGUUUACUCAGUAUCAUAAAUAAUAAAGUUGAAUGAAGUACUUUAAAUUAUCAGAAUCAUUUGUUUGGAAUAUGAUUUUGUGCAUAGAAAUUCUGUUCCUUCUGAUUUGGCUGACUCAUAAAUUCCACCCCCCAUCCUCCCACCCCAGCCCCCAUCACCAUCACCUUUUUUACUCAGUGGCACCGUGUGUGUUCACUUUUGUCAUUGAACACACAUGACAAUCUUGAGUAUUUCCUGCCUGUUGGGCCUCCCUAUGAUGGGUUGCUGUGAAGGACAAUCAGUAAUAGUCACUUAGGAAAAGUUAGGCCUUGCAGUUAGCCUUGUCUAUACAUGAUUUGGAAUAGUUCUGUGAAACAUUGAAUAAUUUUCCUGUGGGAAACUUGAGCCCUAAAAGGAAAUGAACGUAGCUAAAGGGCUGCAUAUCACUUGGGAUUUGGACUUAUUUUUAGAAGGGCAGUAUACUGCCAUAUUUGGACUAAAAUAAUGUAAUAGAAGUACAUUAUUUUAUUAAAUAGCCAUCUUUUCUGAAGAAGUCAGUUACUUUUCUAUUACAUUUUAUGCCAUAGAGUCAACAUAAUACUUAAGUAACCAUUCAGCUAAUAUAGUUUUAAAUUAUAAAAUUUAGAGAUGCUGUUUUGCAAAUGUUUCUAGAACAGGCUUAUCAAGUCUGGCUUCUGCAGUAAAGGUUCUGUGAUAGUUCAUUAAUGACAAUACAUGGUUGCCUUUUGUUUUGCAUGUUUGGGAUAAAUUGUUUACUGGGGGAAGUAAAGAAAGGGUAGAGAUGUUUGGAGUUGCAAAAUUAUUUGAUAGUCUUUUAAUUAAUUUUUUAAAUUUAUAUAUGACAGCAGAAUGCAUUACAAUUCUUAUUACACAUAUAGAGCACAAUUUUUCUCAUCUGUGGUUGUAUACAAAGUAUAUUCACACCAAUUCGUGUCUUCAUACGUGUACUUUGGAUAAUGAUAUCCAUCACAUUCCACUAUCCUUGCUAAUCCCCUGCCCACUCCCUUUCGCUCCCACCCCUCCGCUCCAUCUAAGAUUCAUCUAUUUCUCCCAUGCUCCCCCUCCCUACCCAACUAUGAGUCAGCAUCCUUAUAUCAGAGAAAACAUUCGGCAUUUGGGUUUUUUGGGGGGAUAUUGGCUAACUUCUCUUAGCAUUGUCUUCUCUAAUUCCAUCCAAAUGCCAUGAUUUUAUUCUCUUUUUAUUGCUGAGUAAUAUUCCAUUGUGUAUAUAUGCCACAUUUUUUAAUCCAUUCAUCUACUGAAGGACAUCUGGGUUAGUUCCACAGUUUAGGUGUUGUGAAUUAUGCUGCUAUAAACAUUGAUGUAGCUGUGUCCCUUAUAGUAUGCUGUUUUUCAGUCCUUUGGGUAUAGACGGAGGAGAGGGAUAGCUGGUUCAAAUGGUGGUUCCAUUUCCAAUUUUCCAAGAAAUCUCCAUACUGCUUUCCACAUUGGCUGCACCAAUUUGCAGUCCCACCAGCAGUAUAUGAGUGUACCUUCCCCCCACCCGCAUCCUCACCCACUUAUUGUUGUUUGUAUUCUUAAUAGCUGCCAUUCUAACUGGAAUGAGAUGAAAUCUUUUUGCUAGCAAUGUCUUGAUAUAGAAGAACUUCCUAAAUCACAGUAAUAAUGUGGAAACCCAAGUGGAUUUUACCUCUGACAAAUGAUCUACCAAAAAAAAGAAAAAAAGGUUAAUUAGCAAAAGUAUUUCAUAUUGAGCUCUACAGUGUGUUUGGAUUAGUAUGAUUUAUAAGCUAAAAAGACAAAAACAUUUCUUACUGUAUUAUAUUUAUAAGUGUCAGGUUUUUUGCUACUGGGUUUAUCUUCUUUAAAAUUUCACAUGAUUAUAAUAAAAUAUAAUGUUGAUAAUAUAUAAUAGAUUUCAGAAUUACUUACUGUGAUUAUAGAUUCCCCCACAGGGCACUAAAUCCCAAACAGGAAAACCUGCCAAAUACACAUUUUGUCCCUUGGCAUCUCUCCCAAAUUGGAAAUGGGCCAGCAUCAUAAAUCUCAAAUCUUGUGGGAAAGAGUUACCACUGAUGUAUCAGGCCUUAUGCCACCUACUUUCUGUGCCAUAUUUCUUUUGCUUCUGAUAAGCCAGGGGAAAUUGCAUAGAUUUUAUGGAUAGAAAAGGUUCAGAUUAGUAAGUGACUUGCCCAGACUCAUGCAGAUUAGUAAGCAGAAGAGGCGGUUUUUAGAUAGAAGUGCCUAACCCCAGAGAGUGUGUCCUAUACAUGACAUUGUGAGCAAGGAGAGCAUCUGUAUUCCAUUUUCUUCAUUCCUUGUCUGUGUCCACUAUGCACACAUUGUGGCCAGCUUUUGAAUUGCCUUUAAGUUACCCAUGUUCAGGUAAAUAUUAUUCCAGUCUGGUCUGUGUUUGAUGUAUUGAAGCUUUGGAGUUUUGAAUCCUUCUGCAUCAGCCUCUCAAGUUACUGGGAUCACAGGCUUGUGCCACUACACCCAACAAAAAUACUAAUUUUUAAAAAUCUGAAAUCAUUGGGCUGGGGAUAUGGCACUAGCCUGUCAUACGCGGGUCACUGGGUUCGAUCCUUAGCACCACAUAAAAAUAAAAUAAAGAUGUUGUGUCCACCGAAAACUAAAAAAUAAAUAUUAAAAAAAUUCUCUCUCUCUCUCUCUCUCUCUCUCUCUUUAGAAAAAAAAUCUGAAAUCAUUAAGAUACAUGUGAAGGAUACCUGAUAUUUAGAAGAAAUAGCCUUUUCUCCCCUGUAACAUACAGAAGAGCAGAGCCAUUCAUUGAGAUUUGACAUUUUUUUUUUUUUUAUAUUUAAGAACAUCAUAUAUGUCUCUAUCUACAUGUUAUUAGAGACGGGUCUUAGUUUUUCUCCUUUUUGAUAAACAUUGGACAGCCUUCAUCCAAGGAAGCACUUCGUAUGAUUAAAAAGAAAAGGCCUAUUUUCUUUCCUUCCUUCUUUCUUUCAAACCCAGGGGCAGUUGGCUUAGGCUUUUUUUUUUUUUUUUAAGACAAUAUCUCAUUAAAUUGCUGAGGCUGGCCUGAAACCUGGGGUCCUCCUGCCUUAUCCUCCAUGUAGCUGAGACUGCAGGCGUGCACCACCAUGCCCAGCCAAAAAGCCCAUUUUCAAAGUUUGUUUUAUGUAGACUUUUUUUUUAUUAGUUGCGCAAAACAUUACAAUGAUCUUGACAUAUCAUGUAUCAUACAUUGGAUUCAAAUAGGGUAUGAAUUCUUAUUUUACUUUUUUUUUUUAAAGAGAGAGAGAAUCUUUUUUGUAGAUGGACACAACACAAUGCUUUUAUUUUUAUGUGGUGCUGAGAAUCGAACCUGGGUCCGCCCGUGCUAGGUGAGUGCUCUACCCCUGAGCCACAAUCCCAGCCCUAUGUAGAUUUUAAUUAGAAGAAUUUAGAAGAAAAAACAUACAUUAUCUACUGGUGAAUUUAAAUGCUACUUACAGUUCAAAAAGUGAAGGGAAUAGUUUCAUUUUUAUAAUAUAUUUAUUUGGGGUAAGAAUAUGAGCUAGAUUUAGAUGCGUCAAGUCUGUGAAAAUGCAUUUGUCAAUAAGAAAUUACUUGUAAGUAAGUGACUCUGAAUCCUAUUGUCUGUUCUAUAUCCCCUUGAAAAUUAAUAUUCAACAAGUAUUUGUUGAAUGCCUCCUGUAUGUUACGUGUUUUUUUUUUCUUCCUGAGUUGGAGAUAAAAAAACAAAUCUUGACCCUAAUGAAGCUUAACAUGCUAGUAGAUUUGUUAAAAGCGCUGAAUACUCUGCUAAGAAAAUUGCACACAAAACUUUGCAUACAGUAUCAAAGAAUUUACGGUAGCCACAAGUCUGUUCAUGAAAUCCCAGGCUGAUCACACUGUAUAUAACUUCUUUUUAUUGUGUCAUAAUUCUUAUGUGACAUUUCUUAAAGAAGAGUAUAGUGUUUGAUUUUAGAAGGCAAAUCAAUUAUUACAAUUUUUUUAUCCCUUUUUUUUUGGCUCUAUAAAAUUAGAAAUACUAUUAGAUGUAAUGUGACCUGUUGAAAUAAAAUUUCCAGAUUUUGCAGAUUUUUUAGGACCAUCUUGGUCUUCCCAAAACAGGUACAUCUGUUUUCAUAGGUUUAACAGUCUUGUUCUUUAUUUUGUUCUCUAAAUCAGUUUUACUUCUAAACAUGAAUUGAAAUUACACUUAAUAAAACUUGGUCUUCAAAUCAUUUUUAACAAGUUGUUGCUGAAUUUUUAUUUUUUUUUUAAUUCUGAUUUGUUAUACAUGAUGGCAGAAUGCAAUUCAUUUCAUAUUACACAUAUAGAGCACAAUUUUUCAAGACACUGAUUGUACACAAAGUAUUUUCACACCAUUUGUGUCUUAUACAUGUACUUAGGGUAAUGAUGUCUAACUUAAAACGAAGAUGUAUCCAAUGAAUUGUUGUUUUAUUCCUGCAGAAUAUAUUAUAAAAGCUAUGUGUGGUGGGACACAUUAGUGAUCACUAGCUACCCUGUAGGCUGAGGCAAUAGGAUCAUAAUUUUGAGGCCAUCCUGGGCAAUUUAGGGAAACCUUGUCUCAAAGUAAAAGAUGUAAAAGGCUGCGGAUGUUGUUCAGUGGUAAAAGGCUUACCCAGCAUGCACAGUAGUAGUAGAUUUGCUUUUAUUUGGGUUAAGAAUAUGGACUUGAAUAUGGGUAAGAAUUCGGGUUUGAUCCCUAAUACCUUACACACACACACACACUCACAAGCACACAGUAAAGAUAGGUAUGUUAUAAUGUAUUGGAGUGGGGUUUUGGUGGGGGGUUGGUUUUAUUUUGUUUUGUUCAGUAUUACAAGAUGACUUUUAAUAAAGCAUCUAUAGAUACUAAUACAUUCUGGAUUAGUCUUAAGAAGAAUUUUUCUUUGGGCAACAAGCAACUUAGAAAAUAUAAUCUUUCCUGUGCUGGUUAUUUCUCAUGGCAGCUGUCCACUGCAUUUUCUUUGUUUGGGUACUUUCUUUUUCUUCCUGCCUUUCUUAUUAGCUUUCUAUUUUUCAACUUGGGUUUACAAAGAGUAUCUAUUCAAAGGGUUUCCUCCAGUUCCCAAUACCUUAUAAAUCCUGAGAAGUUACCCAGAGGGCCAAUUCUCACAGUAAGGUAUAAAAAUAGUCAUCCAGAAAGAUUACAGAAGUGGUACCCCUGAGUUUUGAACUUGUGAAUGAAUAGCUUUUAAAAGCAGGAUGAGAAGAGUAAAGCACAAAUGUUAUCAUUUCCUUAGCUUUUUGUCUGCAAGAACUAUUUUCAAAGAGCUUUAAAAUUUAAGAAAUUAACAAAGUCUCACCAUUGCUUUAUCACAUAAUACUAAGAGAACCAUAUUUGGGACCAAGAAAAAAGUCCCUUAGAAAAUAAGAGAUGGAGGUAAAGAGGAUUGCUAAUUCAAAAGUCCAGCCUCAGCAAUUUAGCAAGGCCCUAAGAAACUCAGGGAGACGCUGUCUCAAAACAGAAAGGGCUAGGGAUAUAGCCAAGUGAUAGUGCACCCUGUGGGUCCCCAGUAACCACAUCCUAGGCAAACAUGCUACUGCUGAGCCCCAGCCCCAGCCCCUCUUUUGAUGACUUUGACAGUUUUUUAUUUGUUUGUGUUUGGUACUGGGGAUGGAUUCAAGGUCAUACAACACAAUGUUUGACUUCACAUAUACUUCAUCUUGAUACUCAUGACCAAAAUGAUCUUAUUGGACUGUGCUUUAAGAAAUUAAAAUUAUCUGACACAGGGGCUGGGGUUAUGGCUCAGGGGUAGAGCGCUCACCUCGCACGUGCAAGGCCCUGGGUUCCAUCCUCAGCACCACAUAUAAAUAAAUAAAUUAAAGUUAAUUGUGUCCAACUACCACUACUAAAAAUAAAUAUUUAAAAAUAAAAUUAUCUGACAUAGUCAUGCUGAUAGAAGCAAAGAGAGAAGGUCAUUGCUGUGGUCUGUAUUGUUUAUGCUCCCCUGAGUUUGUAUGUUGAAACCUGAUUACCAGUGUGAUGGUAGGAGGAAAGGAGGCCUCAGAGAGGUGAUUAAAUCAUAAGUUUGAAUCCUCAGGAGUGGGAUGAUAAGUUUGUUAAAAUUAAUUAAACAAACAACAACACCAGAGAUCCAGCUUGCUCCUUCUACCUUGUUAGGACAUACAAAGAGUUAGGACACGCCAAGAAGGUGAUAUCUAAAGACCCAGAAAGGUGACCUUCAGCAGACAUUAAAUCUACCAGCAUCUUGAUCUUGGGCUUCCCAGGCUUCAAAACUCUGGGCAAAAACUUUGUUGUUUCAGUGACUUAGUUUAUGGUAUUUUGUUAUAUGAACAAAGGCAUUCAUUCAGGCUAUCUACUAUUCUCCAUAAAAACACAGGCCUGGCCUUGGAUGGUGCAUUGGAUGUGAAUAGGAAGAGACAGAAUCCAUACUGUACUAAUCUCUAGAUCAGUGAUCAUUUAUGGGAGCUGUUAUCAGAAACCUGUAAAGUUCUGGGCCUGAAUGACAGGUGCUAAAACUUUCUUUAGUAGAAAUAGAGAAGUCUUAAGAAAUAUUGAUGGCAACCAGUGGGGAAUGAGAUUGGUGUUUUUGUAAGCAUAGUACAAUUUACAUACAAUAAAACUGUAUACUUCUUUUAAGUGUUCAGUUUGAUUUGCUUUGACUGUUGUAAAUGUCUGUGUAACUACCAGCCAAAGAAAGUAUAAACAUUUCUAUUGUCUGAGAUCAUUUCCUCCUGUCUCUUUAUAGCAUCAGCACCCCAGGUAACCACUUUCUGAUUUCUAUCACCAUAGACUUUUGCUAGACAUAAUGAUUUUGAGAUUCAUCUAUGUCAUUACAUGUAUUAGAGGUUCAUUUUGCUGCCAGGUAGUAUUUCAUAGUAUGAAUAUAUGAUUUUAUCUCUUUUUCUGUUGAUGGACAUUUGGGAUUUCUAGUUUGGACUAUUAGAAAUAAAGUUAUUAGGAGUUGAAUAUCUGGGUCAGCAUAGAUGUAUAUUUAAUGUUAUAAGAAACAGCCAUGUAAUUUACCAAAGUAGUCAAAUCACUUUACAUACACCCUUAUCAGUGAGAGUUCUAGUUGUUUUAUGUCCUCAUCAAUAUUUGGUAUUUUUUUUUUAAUUUUUGUCAGUCAAAUGUGUGUCAUUGUAUAUGUUUACAGUUUCUGAGCUGUAUAUAUAAUUUAUUUUGUUGCUUAAAAUGUAAGGGAAAAUAUAUCACUAUAAUUACAGAGUUUCAUUUAAACCUUUACUACAUUGCAUAUACAAGACUUUUGAAGAGUUGACUUUUGCAAGAUGCAGCAAAUAUUUUUUAACAUACAUUACUACAUGAAAAAAAGCAGGUGUUUAAAGGGGUAUACAUUUCAAAUUAUAGCAGGUUAUUUGUGAUAGUUUCUGGGCAAAAUGUGUAAAAUUAAUCAACAGUAGCAUGUAAUUGCAUUUAAAAUCAUGAGAAAAAAAUCUCUCUGGUCAUAUUGCCCAUGACAAAUUACUGUGCUGUAUAAUUAUAUCAGGGGUUGGCAAAUUGCUGCCUGGGGGCCAAAUCUACCAUAUCCUUAGUUUAUGUAAAUAAAUAAAAUUUUAUUAGAACAUUGCAGCGCUCACUUAUUUAUAUAUUGUCUAUGGCUGCUCUACAAAGGAACAGUUGAAUACUUGCAACACUGAAUGGCCUGCUCAGCCAAGAAUUUUGUUGUUGCUUGUUCUACUGUUUAUUUUAAAACAAUAUUUACUUGUUCUUUUUAGUUAUACAUACAGUAGAAUGUACUUUGAUGUAUCAUACAUACAUGGAUUAUAAUUUCCCAUUUCUGUGGUUGUACAUGAUGUAGAGUUCACUGGUCCUGUAUUUCUAUAUGAAAAUAGGAAGUUAAUUCAUUCUGUUGUUUUUUUUUUUAUUCCUGUCCUCCCCCUCCCCUUUGUUUCCCUUUGUCUAAUCCAGUGAAUUUCUAUUACCCACUCCCUGCCAUUCCCCACCCCACUUUUUGUGAGUUAGCAUCCGCAUAUCAGAGAGAACAUUUGGCCUUUGGUUUUUUGGGAUUGUCAGCCAAGAAUUUUUGCUAUCUGACCUUUUAAGUUCACAAGAUAUCAGUAUUGUAUAAUCCUGUGGCAUUUUUGUUUUCUUAAGGAGAUGGAGGCUGUUUUUCUUGAGAUAGAUGAAACAGCCAAAACAAAACUAGUUGAUGAAAAAAACACUUCUGUCAUAAUGUCCAUAACUUAUUGUCAGGACAUAUAACUUGACGAUAGUUUUGCCUUUCAUUCCUUGUUCUUUGAAAGUUUGCAUUUACAGCAGGUUGAGAGGAUGUAUCUGCUUGACUUGAUCAGUUUGCUCAUGAAUAGUAUUAUGCACCAUGUAUUAUACCACAAGCUACAUCUAUGUUUUACUUCUUCGGAAUGAAAAGAAUAUGUGUUCUUGAAUCAGGUUUAAUUUUAUAAGCACUUAGUUAGAAUGUUUUGCAAGAAAUCUUUGUUGUGUUCUCUUAGGAAAGGGAUCAUCCUUAAUGUUGGUGUGAUUUGUUUUCAGAACCUUUUCAAAUUUAAUGAUGUCAUUAUUCUGUUAGGAACUUACUAAAUUUGUCAUUGUUAGAAUUUCUAGAUCGUUUUUGUAUGGCUUGACCUCUGGUAAGUCAAAUGGAUUUCUUCCAAAUUCUUCAGUAUAUUUCCUAAGACCAAAUAUUUUAAGCAAAUGGUUCACAUGGAACUUCUUAGUUUAUUAUCAUUCUUGAAGUCCUCAGAAAUUCAGUAUGUGAAUUUUCAAACUGACCUUCUCUUGAGGGCAUUUUACCCUUUCAUUCUUCACUGGCUCCCAUGAUCAGUAGAUAAGGGAUGAUUGAUGAAAACUGAACAAUUAUAGAGUGUUUUCAAUUUUUUAAAUUUUUUUCCAUCCUAUGUGCAUUUAAAUUUCCAAAUAAUAUUUUUUUCUAGUAAUUAUAUCCUUUUUCAGAUUGUCUUCUCUAUCAUUAGUCUGAUAAAACUGAUGCAACUGGUGUAAAAAAAUCAAAGAUUUUCAUAUUCCUAUCACUUCUUUUCCUUUCAAUUCUAAAUUCCUUUCCAUUAAGAAUUUUCCUUAGAAUUUCAAAUGUUCAGAUGGAGGUAUAAUUCAAGAAUAGAGUUAAUAAGCUUUGGCUUGGGGUAGAAUUUAGUGGCACUUGCUUAGCAUGAGUAAGAUCCUGGGUUCCAGCACCCAAAAAAACAAAAGAAUUAAUAGACUUUUUCACAAAAUUUCUUAAAACUUCAUUUUGAAUAUAGAUCAGUAAUAAUAUAUGUCUGGCCAGGCAUGGUGGCACAGACCUAUAAUCCCAGCAGUUCGGUAGUCUGAGGCAAGAGGAUUGCAAAUUCAUAGCCAGACUCAGCAACUUAGCAAGAUCCUGUCUCAAAAUAAAAAAGGUCUUGGGCAGGUGGUGUUCCUCAGUGGUAAUGGGUUCAAUCCCCAGUUCCAGAAAGAGAGAAUAUCAAUUCUGGAAAGUUUUGCUGGUUAGAAAUUCAUAUUAAGCAUAGUUAUUACUUUAAGCCUCCACUUUUUUUUCCAAGUUCCAGGCUUCUUCAGCGAUUGCUUACUAUCCCUUUGAUGUUUUUUUUCUUUUUUUCUUUUUCAUUAUUUAUUUUUCAGUUUUUGGAGGACCCAACUUUGUUUGUAUGUGGUGCUGAGGAUCGAUCCCGGGCCGCACGCAUGCCAGGCGAGCGCGCUACCGCUUGAGCCACAUCCCCAGCCCCAUGAUGUUUUUUUUUCUACAACACUUUCAAAUUAGAAUUCUGAUUUUCAGAAAUCCCAUAAGUAUUCCAAGUAGUAGUCCUCCUCUCAUCUUUGUAUGAGCAAUCAUUCUCCCUUUGCAGACAUCUUGUUUGGGUGUCUCACUGUGGUUUUAAAUUAGCAUUUCUCUACCUUUUCAUUUAUUUCAUUUAUUUAUUUGUGUUUGUCUAUUUUCUUCUGCAAAGUGUCAAGUGUGUCCUUUUUAUUAAGUUGUCUUUCUCUUUCAGUUCUGUGUGUGUAUAAAUAUAUUGCUUGCUCUUCUCUUUUUAAAAAUUAUUUUUUAGUUGUAGAUGGACACGAUACCUUUAUUUUAUUUGUUUAUUUUUAUGUGGUGCUGAGUAUAGAACCCAGUGUCUCACAGGUGUCUGGCAAGCACUCCACCACUGAACUACAACCCCAGCUCCGCUUUCUUCUCUUAAUGGUAUUUUUAAGCAGAAAUUUUUAAUUUUAAAUGAAUUCUAGUUCAUUUAUUCUCUUCAUGAUGCUAAGGGUAAUGUAAACUCUUGGUCAUGCUCUAGUUUAAAGAUUCAAGCUAGUACUCAUGGUUUGCUGUGGAUUAGUUGUGAUUUUUCCCACAAAGUUUUAUGUGUUAGAACCUUGGUCCUCGUUGUAGUGAUGUUAAGUAUUGGUGGUAUCUUUUAAGAGGUGAGGUCUAGUGGGAGAUGGUUAUGUCAUUGGUGGUAUUGCCCUAGGAGAAGAUUAAGGUUGUCCUCAUUGGACCCCAGAUAGUUCCUGAGAGAGUGAAUUGCUUCCUGUCUUGCCACAUGAUCUCUCUUCUAUGUGCUCCCACCAUGGUGCCUUUUGCCGCAUGGUGACCCAGUCAAGUGACUCCUCACCAGAAACUGAACCCAUAGUGGGUAGGUGUCUGAUCUUGGACGUGCAGCCUCCAAAACUGUAAACCAAAUAACCCCUUUCUUUCUAAAAUAUCUAGCCUCUGCUGUUUUGUUAUAUCAAUGAAAAAUGUACUAAUAUCUGGUCAGUCCAUUGUUGUUUGUUUGAUCUAUUGGUAAAUUAAAGAUUUGUUAAACAUAAAAAUUUUUUUAUUCACUACCGUGUAAUAUAUGCUCAUGCCCAUGAUUUUAUCUGUGUUCUGUUUUACAUUGUAUGUUCAAUUUGUUUUAUUUGUUUAUUUUUUGUUUUAUUUGAACCCAGUCCCUCACAUUCAAGACAAGUGCUCUACCACUGAGCCCCAACCAUAGCCCGUGUAUGUUCACUUUAAAACUGAGUUUAUUACUCCAUUAUCAGAUAUAUAUAUUUUAUAGGUAUUUCAUCCUGGUCUGUGGCUUACGGUUUCAUGUUAUUAACAGUGGCUUUUUGAAUAGUGAGAUAGUGAGAUUUAAAAAUUUUUGAUGAAGUGCCCAGUUUAUCUUUUUUUUUUUUAAUGAUUUAUGACUUAUAGGGACCUUUCUAGGUAAUUCUGCAGCUCUCUGUUCAUCUUCCUUUCUUAGUCCUAUGCAUCACACAUUCUAGCCUCCUUGUCCUCCACAAACACCACCUGUGAGAUUGUUCUUUCCCUGUCUCCCCCAACUCAUUUUUAUUUAUUUAUUUGUUUAUUUUUGUGGUACUGGGGAUUGAACCCAGGACCUUGUGCAUGCAAGGCAAGCACUCUACCAACUGAGCCAUAUCCCCAGCUGUCUCCCUCAACUCAGGCAGGUAGUCCCUAUUCCUAGCUCUGAUUCAGUACCCUAUCUAUGGGUUGUCACCUGGAAUCUGCCACCAUACAGUAAGCUGCUGUAGUCUUGGGUCUUACCUUGAUUUUUUUUUUUCCCUUUUGUCAGGGAUCAACACAGUCUUGAACUGCCUUAACUGUUAUUAAAAUAGUGUUAAUAACUAGUAAUAACAUGUGCCAAUAAAGCAGUUUGGCAGUCUUGCAGGAAUAAGUAGUUUAUCAGAACUUUUAAAACAUAAGCUUCAUAUGUUAUAUACCACAGUGAAUUUCAUCAUCAUGUAUAUCCACAAGACACUAACAUUUAAAAAAAAAAACAAAAAAAGCCUAAGUAAAUUCCAGAAAGUUCAAUAGAGAGAAGGGAUCAUGGGGAGGAAGGAGGAAAGGAAAAGGGGGCAAUACUAGGGAUUGAAUUGGAACAAAUGAUAUGCUUUUAUAAUUAUGUCAAAGUGAAUCCUAAUGUUAUGUAUAUUAUGUAUAACUAAAAAGAACCAGUAAAAAAAAGUAUAUAAAGUUUUUCAGUUCAAAUUUCACAAUUGUAAGAUACUCAUGGCCCUAGGAACAUGAUUAUCCCAAAGGCUAGAGAAAUUACUGGAAGAAAAAAAUUAUCACUUUCAUUUUUCAUGUUAAAACCAGAAUACCAUCCAGGCUCUUGAAUAGUAUGCUGCUUAUGAUAAAUUCUUAUCAAGAAGAAUCAAGUCUGUUUCUUAGCUAAGAAGGCAGUGCAUUAUUGAAGUUCUUUAGCAUGUGAGCAAAUAGGGUUUAACAAGGGAAGGAAUUAGAAAUAGCUGGGUGCUUGGUAUGUUUCAUGAAGGAUUCCUAACUAUCAUUUGUUCAGUUUUAGUUAACUCAUUAUAGAAAAGGAAGCAGUUUUUCUCCAUUGGCAAAAACAAAGAAUACUUUCUCAUAGCAUGUUUAAAUUCCUUUUCAUUUGGUGAUCUUGUUUCAUACCAUGUUGAUUGCUACAUACAUUCUUAUGCCAUUUGCUCCAAGGACAAACCCUAAUUAAGAAAAUUCUCUUUUUCAUUUGACAACUGGUACAUGGGCUUCAUGCUCAAGGAUCAAUGAAAGUAGCACUUUUUUUUUCUUUUUCUUUUUUAACCAUACGAUUUAUUUAUUUAUUUAUUUAUUUAUUUAUUUAGUCAUACAUAUCAGCAGAAUGUAUUUUGACAUAUAAUACAUACAUGGAAUGUACAUACAUCAAUCAUAUUGUCUAUUCUAUUCUGCUGCCCUUCCUAUCCCCCUACUCCUCCCCUCCUCUUCCAUCCUUUCUCUCUAUCCAAUCUAAUGUGACACAGUUUUUUUUUCUUUUUCUCAUCACAACAUCAUAUAUGUAUUCUGUAUAACAAUGAGGUUCUCCUUCCAUCUUCCAUGCAACUCCCCUUCUCCCUCUUUUUCCCUCCCACCUGUCUUCCCUAUUUAGUGGUAGUCUUCUUCUCAUGCUCUUCCUCCCUAUCCCAUUUUGAGUCACCCCCCUUAUAUCAGAGAAGACAUUCAGCAUUUGUUUUUUAGGGAUUGGCUAACUUCACUUAGCAUAAUCUGCUCUAAUGCCAUCCAUUUGCUUGCAUAUGCCAUGAUCUUGUUAUUUUUUAGUGCUGAAUAAUAUUCCAUUGUGUAUAAAUGCCACAUUUUUUAAUCCAUUCAUCUAUUGAAGGACAUCUAAGUUGGUUCCACAUUCUAGCUAUUUGAAGUGUGCUGCUGUAAACAUUGAUGUGGCUGUGUCCCUGUAGUAUGCUCUUUUUUAGGUCUUUUGGGUAUAGUCUGAGAAGGGGAAUAGCUGGGUCAAAUGGUGGUUCCAUUCCCAGCUUUCCAAGGAAUCUCCAUACUGCUUUCCAAAUUGGCUGCACCAAUUUGCAGUCCCACCAGCAAUGUAUGAGUGUACCUUCCCCCCCCCCCCAUCCUCACCAGCACUUAUUGUUGUUUGACUUCUUAAUGGCUGCCAUUCUUAUUGGAGUGAGAUGGUAUCUUAGAGUAGUUUUAAUUUGCAUUUCUCUGAUUGCUAAAGAUAGUGAGCAUUUUUUCAUGUAUUUGUUGAUUGAUUGUUUAUCCUCUUCUGAGAAGUUUCUGUUCAAGUCCUUGGCCCAUUUGUUGAUUGGGUUAUUUGCUUUUUUGUUGUUUAAGAAAGUAGCACUUUUUGUCAUCAGUUAUUCUAACAGAAACACCUUACCCCUCCGCCUUUUGAAGUCAGAUAUAGUAUUUUCUAUGGGAAACUGAUUUUGAAUAUCACAUUUUCUCUCUUACUAUAGAAAGGUCACCGGCUACACUUCUUUACAUUAAAUAUGGAAUAUAAAAUGAGGUUUAUAGAGUAAAGGAGUUGCUUGUCUUUCAUUUUCCCACAACCCCUUAACAUUUGCUUUUACUUUGGCUUACGUGAUUAGCCCUAGAGAGGCAGUGACUAUGGACAUGCAUGUGUACAUGUGUAUCUUUGCAGCAUUUUAAAAUAUAUAAAAGAAAAGACCGUGUUUUAUAAACCAAACAAGUAUCAAUAGUACUGACCCACUAAACCUUCUCUUCCCUUAUG